AAUGAGAAAAUAAUAAAAACAAUGUGAAAAUAAAAAAUUAAAGUGAAAUUUCAAUUUGGACUGGGGUAUAUACUUUCCUUUAUGCCAAUGAUAAAAGUAUGUCCAUUAACCCUUCAGGCCUCCUCCAUCAUCCUUGCCUCCUUUGUUCCCUUUCUGUCCUUCCAAAGCAGUUUUGCAGUCUUCCUCCGAGAUCCCUCUCUGCAAAGCUUAGUUUGGCAUUGUGUGAAAAGGGUAUAAAGCUGUGUACAAAUCAGUGAACAAAACAUGAGGUGGCUCGGCCUCCCGAUUCACGUGUUCUGUUAUGUUAUCUCCUUGAACUUAUUCUGCAGGGUGAUUUUGUAAAAGAAAACUCAUUUAUUCCGCGUAAACUAUUCUAAACCAAUAGUCUCUCAUCACUAUAACUGUCUGAUCAUCCAUGGAUCCCCAUCACCUAUACUUCUCUGCUUGUUAUAUCUACAUGAUUAGCUAAAACCUGAAAUUGUAGCCUUUGGGUUUUCCACUUCUUGUUUGAGUUUUUGCUGCCCACCCGUUUCAUCAAAAAAUUGAUCUUUUGUCGUCUUCUUUGACCACCCCUUCUAUUGGAGUUAUUACUGCCCACCCAUUUCAUAAAGACUUGGUCUUUUGGUUUCUUUUUUGACCACCCAUUUUAUUGGAGUUUUUACUGCCCACACUUUGCAUAAAGAAUUGAUCUUUAGGUGUCUUGUUUGAUCACCCCUUCUAUUUGAGCUUCAAACAGGCAUCACGGUUUCAUUCUUCUUAAGCUGAUUUGAAAAGAUUGAAAGAAGUUAUGGUGUGCCAAGCGGCAAGUCAGACAAAUUUUCGGGCCUUAAAACACGAGAGUGGGAUUCCUGGACGAGCAACCAUUGUAGUUAGAGUCAUAGCAUGCUUCCAACCUUUGCAGAAUUGCCAGGCCGAGUACUUCCGCCAGUUGCUUAAACCCGUCACGUAGAUUAUCUCUGUGCUUCCAUUUUUGUGCUAACUUUGAAAGUUUUAUUAUUAUUUUUCUUUAUUUUAUCUUUUGUUGAAAUUUGCAUCGGUACCCGGACCACAAGCAUCAAUCUUCGCACGGUGUUAAACUUGACUGAAUGGUUACGGGCAGCGUACCACAGCCACCUUACUCGCAGUUUCCUGCAUGGAAUCCAAACCAUGUAUCUGCCCUCUUACAGCUCGGGCAGCCGGUUAAUCUGCCCUUUUUUGCAGAUCCUUUUCCAUUCACCCCUGUUUCUCAAGGGGUUUCGACUCUGCUCCAUGGCUCUUCUUGUGAUCAAGAAGCAACUCGGCAAUAUCAGAGAGAAGAAGCUCAAUAUCCCAUUGCAGGGAGAAAAAGACAUGUUACGGCACUUGAUGGCUCUUCUCAGAAAAAAAUUCUGAUAUUCGACCAGUCUGGGGAUCAAACUAGGUUGUUCUUCGGUCCUUCCUUCUGUCAGAAGGACCAGAAAACAUUCCAUGAUUACAACAAGAACAACAAUCAUCUGAAACACAUUGUUGAAGAACAGCAGAAUAUGAAUGUGACCCCUCAGAGUAGCUGUAAAGAAAGGGAAUAUUCCGAAGAUAUUGAUGCCUUACUAUACUCAGACAGCGAUGACGAAGAAGACGAUGAUGUCACUAGCACGGGUCACUCCCCAUGCAUAGAUGAUCAUCAUCACAAGCAAUACACUGAAAUCACAGAUGAAGAAGGUGUUGCCAGCUCCGAUGAUAUCCGUUCUUCAAAAAGGCAAAGACUGCAUGAUGAUGAUGACGAGAACUCAUUUACUGACGCUGUAAAAUUGACAAAACUGCCUUUAACCCGCGGUAAAAAACACGACGAAGAGGGGUUGGGUUGUUCUAAUCACACCCCAGAUGACCAAAACAACCCAGUAAAGUCCCACAAAACUGCAGGUUCUGGGGAAGGGGAGGGUACCCUAUGUAGAGAGGCUGUUUCCAAGAGAUCUUCAGCUAAGGGCAACAACCCAGAUGAAAGCCAUGAAAAUGGCGAGGAUAAAAAGGUCAGAAUCCAGAAAACUCUGAGGAUCUUGAGGGGUUUGAUUGUGGGUGUGAACAGUGAUGACCCUUUGGUGGUCAUAGAUGAGGCAAUUAGUUACCUCAAGCUUUUGAGGAUGAAAGUGAAAAGAAGAUAUGGAGGGGGGGAAAGUUCAAACCUUUGACUUGUUGACCAAAGGGAGAUGAUUAAAGGCGUGUUUGGUGGCAUGUUUAACGGUGGUGGGUGAUUGAGUGCAUGCGUGUAUUAUGGGGGUCCCACAACUCCUCCAUUUGUAGAUGAAAAAGGAAAGCCAUUAAUCAAAUCUUGUCUUCAAGUCUGUUUUUUUUUUUUGAUAAAUAAAUGUAUUGUUUAAAGUUUGGCGUGCUGUGUUUUUUUAGGAGAGUUGAUGUGUUAUGGGACCCACUUUGUGUUGGGUUGCUAUGAUUAUAUCACUCAUAUUACUCUAUUUGUGGAGAAAAAAAGUUGUUAGGGACAAAAUAAGGCAGAAAAUAUUUAAUAAAGUUAUUUUAAUAUAUUAAUAUAAAAUAUAAUUUUAUUUAUUUAUUAAUAAAAGUAUGCUAGUUUAAGUACAAAAAUAAACUUGACAAAUACUUGAGACAUAAGAAGUACGGAGUACAUUAUACUCCCUCCGUCCAAAAAAGAUGUUCCCGGUUUGACCCGGCACGCACUUUAAGAAAAGUUGAAAUUGUCUUUGACUUUCCCAUAUUACCCUUAUGCCUACUCUCUUCCGAUCCUCAAUCCUCACUUCCUUCUGUGAACCCUCAUACAUCUCCUUCAAUCAUUAUUACCACAAAAAUUAACUUUCUUACACAUAAAAUUAAAUUGAAGAAUUGGGGAAAUCUGGGAAAUUUAUAGUUAGAACUAUGAACAAAUAUGGGAAGCUUUGGGAAAAAAGAAAAAUUAAAUGGGCGGAGGUGAUGGAGAUUAUACUACAUUAGACCUGUCCGGAUCCGGCCGCCACACACCUCCGACCACCGCCUCGGUUUUCCGGUGCUCCCAAUCUUGGGUGACGGGAAAAAAUAAGAAGGGGAGACAUUAGAUCUGUUCGGAUCCGGCCGCCACACCCCUGACCACCGCCUCGAUUUUCCGCUGCCGGCUGCUCCCAAUCUUGGGUGACGGAACAAAUUAAGAAGGGGAGG